CGCGAGUCGUUGGGCUUAACCGCUUACACGGGAGCCUGAUAGGAGUAAUUUCGUUUUGCAAAAAAGUUAAAUUUUCGCUGCCUCUCGGUCCAGCACUUCAGUCACCAACCGAACGUCGAGACGGAAACAUCGUGAUAAAGUCGCGCCUCAGAAACAUGAAGAAAACGGAUAGUACAAGUGAGCAUACCUUUGAAUAGUCACAAGAAAAAAAGGUAUUUCAAAUAUCUGAAGGAAAAUUGACAAAGUGUAUCGAGAGAUAAAUACUAAUCACGUGCAUUUCUGUUGCAACUGCAACCUUGUGCCUUACACGUAGCCACGCUGCCAUUCAACCAAGCUUUGUGUGAUUUAAUAAUUAGUUGCGAAGAAGUCGGUUACAAGUUUCAAGAAAGUUAAAAAGGAAAAUCUGCACAAGCGUACAGAAGAACGCAUCAUAAGUACGAGGAAAAAACUGGAAAUAAAUCAAAUCACUUGCUGAAGAAGGAGCAAAGCACAUCACCGCAACAGCGAAUAAUAAUUCGGAAAAGCUUCCACACAUCUUGGCUUUAUCAACAACAAAAACAGCACUACCAUCGUAAUCCUUGUUUUUUAUUGUGAUCGUACUGCAAAACGCGAGCAGGAACAUCUCACAGUAAAACCACAAUGACGUCAGUGAUGCUGAUCGAGGACGCCGUUAACAACAACAACAAUAACAAAAUCGCCAAUAACGAUCCGGACAGGGACCAUUACCUUCGCGAGCUCACCAAGACAUUCACCGGAAUCGAGAAACCGCUAAAGAAUGCUCCGACAUGUGCAACACUAACAGACCUUAUCAGCGCCCUGCACGAUGCCUUCGCCUCCGACCGCGUCAACAUCGAGUUCGUAAAUCAUCUCAUGCUCAGCUAUCAGUCGAACCCCUCCGAAUGGCGAAAGUUUGCCAAGUUUGACCGUUUCAGGUACACUCGCAAUCUUGUUGAUGCUGGGAAUGGAAAAUUCAACCUGAUGAUCCUCUGUUGGAACGAAGGGCACGCCUCGGCCAUCCACGACCAUGCCGACUCGCAUUGUUUCAUGAAGAUGCUCAAAGGACAACUGAACGAGGUUCGUUUCGCGUGGCCCAAGGAUAAAACUGUUAACGAAGAUAAUAAAGCCGACAUUGGAAAUAGUAACGGCUCGGGUGAGAUUGAAUACGAUGGCGAGGAGCUAGAGGAAAUCUCUCGAUCCACUAUGGAGACGAAUGGAGUGUGCUAUAUCAACGAUAACCUUGGACUUCAUCGAGUUGAAAAUCCUAGCCAUUCGGACGUCGCAGUAUCGUUGCACUUGUACUGUCCUCCUUUCGACACGUGUUCCAUUUUCAAUAAACAGACUGGCAAGCGAACCAAGUGCAAGGUCACUUUCUGGAGCAAAUAUGGCAAAAGGGAAGCUCAGGAAAACUGAAAAAUACAGGAUUAUCACUCAACCCAAUAACCAAGCGACUGUGAAAAGCUUCAAAAGCACGGAAAUGUAAGAGUGAGACAUUUGAAUGAAAAGUUGUUCAAUUAUUCAAGCGAUUUUAGAUGUAAUAGGUUUUUAGAAAGUAGGUUUACCUUAUUCGGUAACUUAACCAUUCAAGAAUUAUUGAAAAUUGUAUAAUAGCUAAGACCACAAUUUAUAAUUGCAUUUAAUUUUGUUAUAUAAUGAAAGCUAAAAUAUACUAAAAGAAUAUUAUA